UCAAACUUGACUAAAAUACCCUUAAUCAAUAAUUUUAUAAAAUAUAUAAAAAUACAAAAUUUUGUAAAAAAAUUAAAAAGGACAAUAAACAGGCCCCCUCUCAUGCGACAGCCUGCAUCGGCAAGCAAGGAGAAGAUAAGCUCCGCCGUCGUUGCACAGCCAUCAGUCCAGCCGAGCUUCAUCAAAGCCGAAGCCAUUGCCAAACCGAACCUAUCUCACCGGCCAUCCAUCUCUGCCGGUCCACCGAUCCGAAGGUCACCGCCGCACUCUGUCCUAAGUCGCCGUUUCAGCCUCUAGUUCGCUUCUGUCGUUGCCGAAGAGGUUGUGAUUUUAGUCGGCGUUGUGAAUCUGGCCGUAAAGAAGAAGCUCGGUGGAUGGAGAAAAACCCAUCGGCGACUAUGGAUCCCGGGAUGGGCGGGCGGCCAAUGAGAUCUCACAGCGGUUAUGAGCAAGGGGCGGUGGAAUCGGCUGCAUGUUCUGUUUUCUGAGUCAUUUGGGAAUUUUCAUAAUGGUAUAUGCAAUUUCAAGUUAGACAAGUGCAAGGGCUAAAGCAACAAGUGUGUUCAAUUUGGGGAGGUUCGGCUAAAGAGGGGUUCUGCUGUGAGCAAAAGUAGUUUUAGAAGCAACACAUGUGUCAGAAUAGAGCAGUGAGAGGUGGAUGUGGUGGUGGUGGGAGAUCCGAACAUGAUGUUGUAUCCUACAUCGUAAUCACCUCCUCCACCUCCGAUGUCGGCACCUCCACCACGGUAGCCCCAAUUCCGCCAUCUUCUGAGCUCACAACUCCGCCAUGGAGCUCACCGGAUCCAAUUCGUUUGAGAAAACCGUUGGGGUCGUUCCUCCGAUGCUGCAGAUCGAGAAGUCGUCGUCGUCGACCACCAACCCGUCUACCUCUCUAAGCUUGUCCCUGCCCGGCUCUGAUUCGUGUGAGGUCUCGAAUCAAGUAUUCAGAUCCCAUCAAGUCAUGCAGCCUACCCAGUUGGCUCCACCACCACCAUCACCGCCUGUGAUUGUACACCAGUUCGCUCCACCACCGAUGGUGGCUCAUAGCGGUCAAAACUUCGAAUUUGGAGCUCCAACGGCUGAGAAACAGUUCUUUAGUCAAGAAUUCUUGUCUGUGAUGCAAGAGAUGGUUCGAAAAGAAGUGAAGAACUACAUGUCUGAGAUUGAACAAAAUGGGCUUCGUUUGCAUGCUGAAGCAAUCAUGUCCGUAAAUUAUUAGUAUAUUUUAGUUUUAAAUUUCAUGUUUUAGCUUUUAAUUGGAUGUUUAUUGAUUCGGUGAUGAUGAUGAAGAAGAAGAGUGAAAGCAAAAUUGGGUGUAGAAAAAGACGGUGGUGGGAGGAACUGGCGGCAGGGAAUAGAGAGUAGAGAGAGAAGGAGGGGUAUUUUGGGAAGACUAAAAGGGCAAAAUGGGUAUUACAACAAUAAUUUAGGGUUGUUUAUUUCACAGAGGGGUAAUUUUGCACAAUUUUAAAAGAUUAAGGGUGUUUAUUGCACACUCUUUCAAAUAAGUG